GUAAGCGGUAGUAGAUUCUGUUAGUUCAGUUGCCACAACUGUGUUUUAAUGAACUUUCYACUGGACAACGGCUGGAGUCGAAAUGAAAUCAUUGCAAGAUUGAACUGAUGUGACAUCGUUUGCCAAAAGAAAACAAUCAAUGAAUAACAUAUCGUGUUAUCCGUCGCUGCCACCAUCGACAAAUUGUGUAAUWAUCGACGAUAAUUUCCACAUCGAUGAAGUUUGCAACGAAGAGUACUGUAGAGAAGACUGUAGUGGUGCCGACUGCAUUCCGUCUGAUCCUCGAAGCAAGKCUGUCAUAGUUACCCAAGUUACUGCAUUAAUAAUCUUAGGAAUCGUCAUAGUACUUGGUAACCUUGCCUCCAUURUUACCUACGUAAGGACCCAGUCUCUUCGCAGACGUUCAAACUAUCUUAUCAUAAACUUAGCCGUUGCCGACAUGUUGGUUGGGUUUGUGGACUUCAUUGCGGUGAAAUACUUUCUUUACUACGUACAGACUCAGACAACUGAAAGAUUAAUGAGUGCUUGUGAUACUUUCGCAGGGAUUGCAUCAGUUGUUGGCCUGGCUGGAAUCUCAGUCGAACGGUGUAUAUCCAUUCUAUGGCCUUUACAUCAUCGUAGAAUGAGUACCAAAUAUUACUCGGUAUUCAUAGCCUUCCCAUGGUUCAUCGCGACCUUGGUAACGAUGAUCGACAUCAUUCAAUGUUACUAUUGCAACUUUGUAUUUUGGCUUUGUUUUAUUGUUAUUCCCAGUCUGGCAGUAAUAACAAUACUUGUAUCAUAUGCUAUAAUUGGUUGGAAAAUAAGAAAAAGCUCAAGGCUUCCAUACCGUACCGCUAUACAGCGUGACAAAAAGACAAAUGUCACGCUGAUGAUUGUCACGCUAGCAUCGCUCGUGACAUGGGUGCCUCAUCAGUGUCUUGCAUCGAUGGAAAUGUUUUGUGCUCAGUGCAAGGUUGAUAUCAACAUUGUAUUCAUAAUGAAAUUUCUUCAGUACACAAACUCAGGGCUGAAUAUUUUUAUCUAUAUUUCAAGAAUGAAUGAUUUCAGAGUAGCUUUUAUGUCAAAGUUUUGCGCAUGCGCAUUCCAAACCCGGACAUUAAACAGARUUGGGAUCACUCCCAUGGCAACAAUACCCGCUGGAGGUGAACUUACCCUAUGCCCAAGCAAUGCGCAAAGAGAACGGGCUCAGAUCACGUGACACUAUCACUUGAAAUGAAUUAGACAUAAUAUACAUCAUGAUAUCAUAUGAUUCAAUCAUAUACUAUUUAUCAAAUGUUCUCAAAACAAUGGCGAUUAAACACAGAA